GGCACUUCAACUUAGUCAGUAUUAAACUAACUUAAAUAACAGUCCCAACUAAAUUUAAUGUGUAUGGUCGCUUAACCGCUUAUCAUUGAUUAUCAGAUUAUGACAGAAAACCUGACCUCAUUGAUUAAGAGCAGUGCUUUAAUAAUGAUAAAUAAAGAGGUGAAGCCUUCCCAACAAAGUGGAGAUGACUCCGAUGAAGAGCGUGAGCUAACCAACCUCAACUGGCUGUUGCGGAGUCAGAAUUUAACUUGGCCCAGAAGCACUGAUUUGAACGCCGAUGAAAACUUGAUUACAAGCUCAGCAGAAAAAACGAAUCUGAGAAGAAUUGUAAGUUCGAAACAACCUUGCAAUAGAGGUGAAAAGACAGUUCAAAGGUCACAAAUAUUUUUGGAGUCCAAAGUACAUAGGGCAACACCAAACCGGCCAACUCCAUCCGAACGCUUUGAUAUAUUUGUCAACAAGGUUAAAAGGGAUUUGACAGAGUAUGAAAAAAUGGCAACUAAGUAUGAAUCAGAUGACUCGGAAAAACCUCCUUUUAACUAUUCUCAUAUAAUUGGAAUGGCAAUGCUCAAAAAUGGACGCGUAACAUUGCAACAAAUAUGUGCAUGGAUAGAAGAUAAGUUUGCUUUCUUUAGAGGACGCAAAAAGUGGAAUAACUCCAUAAGGCAUAACUUAUCAUUGCACCAUUGCUUUCGCAAUCGAAAAAGAGAGGAGAAGGGGAAAGGCGGUUACUGGGAGCUCGGUGUUGACCCAAAAAAGUGCGACAAAAAGCGCAUUCGUAACAGAAAAUUAGGUCACUCAAAACUAAAUAGGUCUUCUAAGUGCCAUAGUAACACUGAUCAGCUUUCACAUAAACAGCCUUACUUAUCAAGGUUUGGCAAGGUGGAUAAACAAAGUAUGAUUGCAGAAAAUUCUUUAAAAAAUUCGUCUACGUGCACUAAAAUUGAAAACGGCGAGUCACAAAACAAAAGAACUGACCAUGAGAAAAGUAAAGUGCAUUUUGAAAAGUUAACACCGCGUAUCGAGGAAGAAAAUGUAAUAAAAAAGGUUGAGUGUGACCAAGUUAAAAAAAGCCCUGCAGAAUAUAUUUCUGCAGCUCAAAGCCUCAAUUGCUUUAUCUCACACAAUGUCGACAGUAACAACACGCAGAUUUCUGGAGACGAUUUCUCUAUAUUUAAUGUAAAUUCCGAUCUGACACCAGUGCUUGCAUCAACUUCAACCGCAGUAGAAGACCAAAUUAUAACCACUCCCAUCCAUCCAUGCAAUAUAAUAAUUAAUUAUGAUUGCACCAACUUCCGACCACUACUGGACAGCAUUGAUGAACAGUAUCAAUACCUUCAGAACGACGCCGAAUAUAGUCGAAACGAUGACACAUUAGAUAACAUUCUUGAUGUUUGUAUUUCUCGCUAUUAAAA